UGGUGCACAUAUAGAGGGGUGGAGAGGGCGCGGCUUGUCCAGACGCUCUCUGUCCUGACGACGACGACGACGACGACGACGACGACGAUGUCGCCGAGGUUGAUAUUCCUGUUAGGAUCCCUGUGCCUGUUCGCCGGCACGCAGGUCAAAGCGCAAGAUGAAGAAGGCGGCGACGGGACCGACGCGAACGCUGAGGAGCUUUGUCAGGACCGGCCAGGCGACGAGUACUUUCGCUUGAGCGUUGAAGGAGACUGUCGCGAUGUCGUGAGGUGCGACAAAGCCACCGAGAUCGGCGUGACCAGGCUGGCGACGGUGCGCUGCCCGACCGGUCUCGCGUUUGACAUCGAGCGGCAAACCUGCGAUUGGAAGACGAACGUCAAGAACUGCGAUCAGCUGGAGAAGCCGCGUAAGGUCUUGCCCAUCCUCAAGACCGACGAACCCGUUUGCCCAGAAGGAAAAUUGUCGUGCGGUAACGGCGAGUGUGUCGACAAGGAGCUCUUCUGUAAUGGCAAGCCCGACUGCAAGGACGAGUCCGACGAGAACGCCUGCACCGUGGAGACUGAUCCUAACCGCGCUCCGGAUUGCGACCCCACGCAAUGCGUCCUUCCCGACUGUUAUUGCUCGGCGGACGGCACCCGCAUCCCGGGCAACAUCGAUCCCCAGCAAGUGCCGCAGAUGAUCACGAUCACCUUCAACGGCGCCGUCAACGUGGACAAUAUCGACUUGUACGAGGAUAUCUUCAACGGGCAACGGCAGAACCCAAACGGCUGCCAGAUCCGCGGUACCUUCUUCGUCUCCCACAAGUACACCAACUACUCAGCUGUGCAAGACCUUCACCGUCGCGGCCAUGAGAUCGCGGUGUUCUCAUUGACGCACAAGGACGACCCGCAGUAUUGGACUCAGGGCACAUACGAUGACUGGCUGGCAGAGAUGGCCGGUGCACGUCUGAUCAUCGAGCGCUUCGCCAACAUCACCGACGGCUCCAUCAUCGGCAUGCGCGCUCCUUACCUCAGAGUCGGCGGCAACAAGCAAUUUGAAAUGAUGGCCGAUCAGUUCUUCGUGUACGACGCCUCGAUCACCGCCUCUCUGGGACGAGUGCCCAUCUGGCCGUACACUCUGUACUUCAGGAUGCCGCACAAGUGCAACGGCAACGGCGGCAACUGUCCGUCCAGGUCGCAUCCGGUCUGGGAGAUGGUGAUGAACGAGCUGGACCGCAGAGACGACCCCACCUUCGACGAAUCUCUGCCAGGUUGUCACAUGGUCGACUCGUGCUCCAACAUCCAGACCGGCGAGCAGUUUGCGCGUCUGCUCAGGCAUAACUUCAACAGACACUUCAAUAGCAACCGUGCGCCGCUCGGCCUGCACUUCCACGCGUCUUGGCUCAAGAGCAAGAAGGAGUACAGAGAGGAGCUCAUCAAGUUCAUCGAGGAGAUGAUCGCCAGAAGCGACGUCUACUUCGUCACGAUGGUUCAGGUGAUCAAGUGGAUGCAACAGCCCACCGAACUCUCCGCGCUCAGGGACUUCCAAGACUGGAAAGAGACCUGCGACGAGAAGGGCCUUCCGUACUGCUCGCUGCCCAACGCCUGCCCGUUGACCACCAGGGAGCUGCCGGGCGAGACCUUGCGUCUUUUCACCUGCAUGGAAUGUCCCAACAACUACCCAUGGCUGUUGGACCCGACAGGCGACGGUUUCUCGGUGAAGAAGUGAUCCGUCGUUCGCGAAGCGAGGGACGCCGCGUCGGCCGUUUCUCCGGCGGACUUGGGAGUGACGCGACUCGACGAUGCGGAAAUCGCGCUCGCCGUCGACGAGACCGAGAGUCGCGGUUCUCUGGGAGGAACACACCGGGAGAAAGCAAUCGGUCGUCUUAUCGCAAUUAGAAAGCGUCACCUCGGCUGGAGAUUAGGUCGCGCGGCUAAAGUGGAGCGUACAGCGGUCUUCCGCUUUCGAAGGGAAACGCGCCGCGCCGCGCCUGGUUUCUCUCCGAGCCGAAUAUCCUCGGCUAUUAUUAUUUAUGCAGAUUAGGAUCGGCAAGCGCGCCGGCGCACGCCAUCCGCUGAGGAUGGCCGAUUUCACGAGGAAAACGCCAUCGCGCGACGGCGCUCCUCUUCCGCCCGUGAAAAAGGGGAGCGAGAGCUCGUCCGAGCGGGCGUCGACCACGCGCUUCCGAAAGCUCGACGUUCCGGCGAGAAUGAGACCGACGAGCCCGGAGGAGACGUCCCACUUGUACAUAACCACCGGAUCCUUGCCCUCCUGAUCCUCGUCCUCGUCGUUUUCCUUUGCCGUACCGACGAUGCGGGGGACGAAAAGGCCGCCGAACACCAUCCCUGUGCCCCUAUACACAUGUACUCGUUUAGAAUUUAAGCGACGCGCGAGUCUACAUAAGUGUAACUUCCUAGUAUCCUUAAAAAAUUUCUCAAUAAAAAUUACACACACAUAUACAAAA